AUGCCACCAAAGCUAAUCCCACAUCCUGAUCGUUCUGUCCGUGUCAAACCAGUGGUAAAACCACAAACGAAGACGAAGCAGAAGGGUAAGGGCAAGGCGAAGGCGCCUGUGGAAGCUCCUAAAACAGUACAAGAACUUGUACUCAACCAACAACAAAGUUUCGAGUUGGUUAAGAUUGGUGUCAAUGCUGCUGUCAGCCAGUUUGUCUUUGGUAGGAAAUUCUUUCCGAGUAAUUGCUACAAGACCCGAAUCUACAAUGCAUCCGAUCCAAACCUUACCUACGAAACUUUUAUCAACGGAGCAAACAUCCCUAGGAACUUCAACUUGAAUGAAGCUGGUGAUGAAAUUGUUUCCUUCAAUUCCGUUGUGCGAGGAACGGGCCACCCUGGCGCAGAAAAACUUCUCGAUUGGCUGGAGUUCGGAGUUGGAGAUGGUGUAAACGAUAAAUGUUUGGCAAAAUUCCAACUUUCUGUAUAUCGAAAAGAAGUCGUCCCUGAACAGCUCGUUGAAGCAUUCACCAUAAAUUUUACUUACAAAGAUGUUGAAAAGAACCCCUAUGUUCAAAUUUCUGCUUCUUUGUCGAACAGGAAUGGAAAUACCAUCAAUUUAGGAUUGGCACAGGAGGGACUAAGGGACUUGAUUCGACAAGUUAUGAAUAGUUCUCGAAAUGUUCAAGGCCAAUCGGUUGGACGCAAAGUGAGUAUGCAAUUGCUGUACAAUGACAAUGCGCGCCCUAAGCAUGAAUAUCGAGGAUUCCGUGCUGCCUCGACAUCUCAGAUACUUCCUGAUGGUUGUGGAAUUCUCAUGGGUCAGACAAGCAACGGUAUUCAUGGACUUGAGAUAAAGUACUAUGAUGCCCCAGUCAUCGAUAACCACUUUUCAAAAGCAACAGUAUUGAAUGAUGCGACGGUAGCCUCUAAUAAAAAACUUUUCGCAGCGGUCAGAGGUCUUAAAUCCACAGCACCACUGGCAAAUGUGAUUGUCGAUGACAAUAGUCAGUCUUCCUUGCGACAUAGUCAAUUAUCACAGAGCGUUGAUACGCAGCAGAGCACAAUGCAAUGGAUAAACCAGAUUGGACACGGAAAAGGAUCUGGCGACACGGACACACAACCGAUACCCGCCCCGCCAACCACCUUUGGAAAGCAUACGUCAUUUUAUGAAUCAGAAGAGCUCAAUGGUAAAAGAGUUGGAGAAGUGUCGGAAGAAGAGGAAGAGGAGGAGGUACGGUGCCAGUGUCUUAAUUAUGAUGACCGUGAGAAUUUGAUUCAAUGUGAAAAGUGUAGAAACUUUUGCCACAGUCAGUGCUAUGGCUAUAGCAGGGGAAGUGUCAGCGCGAAUUUCGAGUGCUAUGAGUGCCUUUUAGAAGAGUCGGAACCAGAGAUUCUUUUUCAGAAGAUGUACCCCCUAUGUGGCCGCAGACGCAUGGUGUAUUAUCUUGAACAGAAUGGUUUCAAUGAUAUGGAAGGUCUUUGCCAGUACAUGAAUUGGAACUUGGAAAAGACGCAGGGAGAAUUUGAGUCUUUGAAAACCGAAGGUAUCAUUAAGAAAUGUCCAAAGUCUUCUAAGGAGCCAUUUCGAUUCUCCGACCUCAAGAAGCUUCGAAUGGAAUUGUUUGAUCCAUCUAAACACAUUUCUCAUACCAAACCUUUUGCUACAGCAGUUCCAAACCCCGAUUUGACCCAUAAAUCCUUAGACCAGACCCAACUUACACCAGUUGCUCGUCGUCUUCGUCAACCUGAAGGUUCAAUCAGAAGUGGCUUGCGAAGUGAAGGAAGCAGUACUCAGACCCCGAGUUCAUGGAGAAGCUUGCAUAACGAGACAUUGCGAAGAUCACCAAGAAGACUUGCUCAAACAACCCCUCAACAACCCAACAAACGUACUGGCGAUGAAGGAUUGGAUAGUGCUCGCAAGAGAAUGCGAUGUGCUCUAUCAGCGACUAGUCCCUUCAGUCUCAGAUCAAAUAGUUCGCAUUAGUUUGCUACCGAGAAGUCGGGCAGAAAGAUAGGCACAAUAAUCAUAUUGGCUGAUGCUCGUGAUGAUGUUUCGGGAGAGUAUGAAAUGUUUUAUUAUUGAUUGAUAGUUCUUUGCUAGCUUGAGCACUAUUUCAUGUAGAUUAGCUUUGCAUUUGGUCAUCACAACAUAAAUCAGUUUCCUAUGUGUAAUCCUAUACGUAUACAAGAAAAUAAUUCCUGUACAUUUUAUCUCAUCUGACUUCCUUGAGAUUUCAUACAUAAGGAGAUGUUUAUGUAGGUUGUACUUGUGAUUCUAAUUCGUCUUGUAAAAAACAGUUUUGACUAAGUUACUAAGCUAAGUGUAGUGAUUUGUUAGGAGGUAAUGGAGGUUGGGUAAAUGUUUGUAACGUGUGUAACAUGUGGUAUUAUGGUUGCUUGUUGUCGUGAAACGAAUGAGGUUUCAAGUGUCGGACUAGGAAGGGCACGUAGGUCGAUCACGAAAUAUGGAUGGGAUAAAGAGUACGAGAUGAAAUAGCAAGUUAGGUAUGAAGAGAUACAAUACUAACGAUGAGAUAGGGUGAUAUAGGAUGAGAUGGAGAGAAAUUUUAGUAUGAUGUUAAUCAGAUUCAUGGAAGAUCAGAUGUUAUGAUGUUAUGAUGUUAUCAGUCGAUCAGGAUCUCGGUGGUUUCUGGUACCUGAAUUAGUGUUGGGUGCAAGUGGAAUGAAGCGUGGGAAACAUGUGGGAAUGAGUUUUAGUGCUCGUGCUAGUGCUGGUGGUGGUGUUCGGAGUCGGUGUCGGUG